GUGACUGUCAUACCCGCCAACAUGCUGUCCAAAAUGAACAUCACCUGGACCGACAUUGAUGCCUUUGAAGUCCCAGAGCACUUCAGCCGAUUCCCCGCGGGCAUUGCCAACAAUGCCGUGGAGGUGGAGGCCGCGAUCAACAAAGUCAUCGAUGCCUCUUGUUCCCCUGGCUCCAAGGAGUGGAAGAAGGCUAAGAUCCGCCAUUCGAAUCCGGACAACAAUCCGUUUGCCAUCUGCCACUGCACUGCUAUUCCGGAACGACUGGUUGUGCUUUCAUGCAUCAUCGAAGUGGCGUGGAUUAAUGACGAUGUCACCGAAGAACUCGAUCACAAGAAUGCUCUGUUCAAACACGACCUUCUGGAGCAGGCAAUGCAAUUCGAAAACCUCAUCAACGCUGAUAUCGGCCGCUUCAACGCUAGGGAGAUUCUGUUUGGUUUGCUCGUCCAGAAGGCGUGCGGAAUGGAUCCAGCCGCAGGACCCAGUGUGAUCAAGGUGCUGGCCAACUAUCUGCGAACGUUUGAUUCUAGCAAUGAGGACUUUCAGAACAUGGAGGAGUACAAUCCAUACAGAGUGGCUAACUGUGGAUACUGGAUAUCCUCUUUUUUCAUCCGGUGGGGAAUGGACAUGACGCUUACCGACGCUGAAUACGAGCAAAUCCGCGAGUUUGACUUUUCCAUGGGCAUCAUCCUCGGACUGACCAACGACUACUACAGCUGGGCUGUGGAAAAAGAUCAAGAGACCGAUCGAAUGCGGAAUGCAGUGCGGGUCUUAAUGAAGGAGCACAACAUCCCAGACACAGUGGCGAGAUCUCUGCUGCGGGGCAUCAUUGUGGAUGAAGAGGAAAAGGCGUUUCGCUUGAAGCAAAAGGCACUCAGCUCGUCCCCGUCAUCAGCCGUGGUGCAGUAUAUCGAUGCCAUUGAGCUGUACGUUGGGGGGAGUUGCUAUUGGCAUGCCACUGCCCCUCGAUACAGGACAGAGUAGAUCUUCUUGGCUUAAUUUAAUUUAUGUUCUACCAUGGCGGCAGAUGUCCAUUCUCCAAGGCUUACAGCGCAGAGUAGCACCCCGAAAGAUCGACGGACAAGUGUUGGCUCAUCGGUGGCGAUUGACUAAGAUAUUUAUGUACCUUGUGUCUUAGUCCUGCAGGCACGCAGGAGUAUCACGUCGAGUCUACCUUGCUGUGCCCAUCAAUGAGAUGAGAAGCAACCGCGUGUUGGGCAUUGCAUUAGCACUGGAAUUGAGAUGGAAAAAUCUGACACAAUAGCCGCCAGAAUCUGAGUAUAUCCGAC